AUGGCCAAAAAGAUCUUUCAUACCGUGCACGCGGCGGUGCAUGGGAUUUCGGACAAGGACUAUGACGUGACGACGACGGAGCUUGGCCGGGGUGGGUUCGGUGUCGUCUACCUCGGUUCGUACGAGGGCCAAAAGGUUGCGGUCAAGAGGGUUCGAAGCGCCAACCACAUUUCGUCGAUCAAAGCCGAAGUCGACGCACUCCUGGCGUGCCCGUCGCCGUACCUCGUGCGGCUUGUCGCGAUCGCGAACCACGACUCGGCGGCGCCAACGCUUCUGUUUGAGCACAUGGACGGCGGCAGCCUUCGUUCGUUCCUCGACAAGAACCGGUUGCACCAACGCACGUCGGCGCGCGUGACCAACCUCCACGUGGCGUGGGUCGUCGCCAACGCUUUGAAGGAUCUCCAUUUGAGAAAGAUGGCGCACCGCGACAUCAAGAGCGAGAACGUCCUGCUGAGCUCGAGCGACGAGAUCAAGCUCGGCGACCUCGGACUGGCGCGUAUUGUGGCCACCGAGAUGACGGAAGCGCCCGGUACCCGGUACUGGAUGGCGCCCGAGAUCCUUCGCGCCAAUGGCACCUCAUAUGGUCUUGCCGCCGACAUUUACGCGUUUGGCGUCCUCCUCACAGAGCUCGCCACGGGCCAACUGCCGUACUUUGACCAGGACGUCCAAGACCCGAUUGCGUUUAACCGCGGUGUCAUCGACGGCUCGCUUCGCCCGACGCUGCCAACCGAGUGCGAGGGGUGGCUGCGCACGCUCACAGACAUGUGUCUGCGUGGCGAUCCGAAGGCGCGCCCGACAGUCGAUCAGAUCGUAGAGAUACUUCAAAACGAGGUGGCGGCUGCUCCGACAGCGGGCACGGAUGCGCCAACAAUGUUCCUGCGUGCGGUGGCAAGUGAUAACGUCGACGUGGUGGUGCCGCUCCUCCGCGACGGCCUCUCGCAUGGCACUGCGCUUCCGGUAUCCAGCCCGACGACCGACGUCCACCAAACGUAG